AUGCGCGAUAAAGUUGCCUCUGACCGUGUAAAGCAGGUAACAGGCCACCUGAAAGACUCACCCCAGCUUCCAGCUGAUUACAGCGACAUUCUCUCUACGCUGGAUAAUAUCCGGGAACGAGUGGCAACCCCCAAUUUCCAGAACAGGGGAUGCAUCAAACAGAAGCGCUCUGAGAAACUUUGGGUCCGAGAGCGCUUGGGGCAAUUGCUUUAUGCUGGGAGUUUCGUUGAGAUCGGUAGCGUCAGUGGGAAGGCGAAGUGGAAGCAAACCGGAGAACGGACGGAAGAGAUAGAGGAUUUCAUGCCGGCUAAUAAUGUUCAAGGUCUAUUCAAAUCGUUUCAUAGAAAAGGAGAACCACAUGCAUAG